AUGUCUGUUAAAGUCAAUGGGUUUUCUGCUUCUGCUUUGUUCAAGGAACUCGAAGAGGGCAUGAAGAAAGACCCAGCUGCAUUACAAAAUGGUAUUAAGCAAAUUCAAGCAAUAAUAGUUAUCACGUUAAGAAACCAAACAGGCCAAGUGCAAUCCUGGAUCUUGGAUUUAAAAAAUAAGGGUACAGUCGAGGUCCUAGACCCAAAUGCAAAACAAUCCAAGUCAGAUGUUCAAAUCAUAUUAAAAGAUGCCGACUUUGUCAAAUUAGUCAAUGGUAAAGCAAACAGUAAGAAAUUAUUUAUGAAUGGCAAAUUAAAAGUCAAGGGCAAUUUGAUGAAGGCAACAGCUAUUGAAAGCGUGUUUAUGAGAUUGGACCCAAGACCAAAACCCAAAUUGUGA